AUUGCUAACUCAUUCUGGCUUUACAAAUGCCAUCAUCUGUUUUGACUCACAGUUUAUAUAGAUACUGAAUCCAUUCUAAUACUAUGGUAUGUAGCCCAUAGUUAAGAUAUUAUUGUCGUAGAGUAAGCAACAAAGUCAUAAUUUGUGAAAAAGUUGAUUGAAGUUUACUGAUUAAAAUUCUUCUAAAUAAUAAUUGAAAACCCUUCAAUACGCUAAGUAUUUAAGAUUUAAGUUUUGCUGGAUAAAAUUUCAGCAGAAAAAUAGUACGACGUAAAGGUUCAGCACCUGAGAUUGAGCUCAUAGUGUUGUAUGAAAUCCCAUAAGCAAUGGAGCUGAUAAGCAUUAUAGCAUUUGUGUUAAUUUCAAUCAUAACCGCUGCAUAUAUUUACUUCAAAAAUGCGUUCAACUACUGGAAGUCACGUGGAAUCCCAUUUGAAGAACCGAUCAUUCCCUAUGGAAGUGUGAAAGGAUUGAAUAAAACCAUUCAUACGUCUGAUAUAACAAAACGAAUUUACGACAAAUUUAAAGGAACUGCAAAGUAUUGUGGCGUUUAUCUAAUGGCUGCACCAAUAGCCAUGAUUUUGGACCUUGACCUCGUGAAACAUAUUCUAGUGAAAGAUUUCUCAAACUUCAGUGACAAAGGGUUUUAUUCGAAUGAAGAAGAUGAUCCGUUGAGUGCAAAUUUGUUUACAUUGGACGGUGAUAAGUGGAAAAAGCUACGUGCCAAGCUGACUCCCACCUUCACAAGUGGUAAAAUGAAAAUCAUGUUUUCGCACGUUGUUGAAGUGGGAGAACGUUUCAAUGAUUGUUUACGCGGAAUAGUUCAAGAAAAUAAUGAAGUGGAAAUUAAAGAUCUUCUAGCAAGAUUCACCACGGAUGUGAUUGGCACAUGUGCAUUUGGAAUCGAGUGUAAUAGUUUGAAAGAUCCCAAUGCUGGGUUCAAGAAUAUGGGCGAAAAAGCAUUCCGGCCGAGAUAUCCGUCGUUGAUUCAAUUUUUGGUCAUUGGAAUGAAAAAUGUUUCCAGAAGAUUCCAUGUGAAAAUAAUGCCAGAUGAUGUGUCUGAGUUUUUCUUGCGCAUGGUUUAUAACACGGUUAAAUAUCGUGAAAAGAAUGACGUGCAUCGAAACGAUUUCAUGGACAUUUUGAUUAAAUUGAAAAACGAUAAGAAUGCUCUGGAGGGUUUAACCUUAAAUGAAAUCGCCGCUCAAGCUUUUCUGUUCUUUUUGGCCGGAUUUGAAACAUCAUCGACCACAUUGAUGUUCUGUUUGUAUGAGCUGUCAAAGAAUCCUGAUAUUCAAUCCAAAGCGCGGAAGGUUGUUCAAGAGGCGUAUGAAAAGCACGGUACAUUCACAUAUGAAAUGAUGAUGGAUAUGCCAUACAUUGAUCAUAUACUUCAGGAGACCCUUCGAAGGUAUCCACCCGUACCUUUCGUGAGUCGAAUUGCAAAAAAUGAUUAUAAUGUUCCAGAAACUAGCAACAUCAUUGAGAAAGGAACAAUCAUUGUGAUCCCCACGUACGCUAUUCAAAAUGAUCCAGAAUACUAUCCAGACCCAGAGAGAUUUGAUCCUGACAGAUUUGCAGCCGAUAUAGCACGAGAAAGAGAUACUAUGACAUGGUUACCUUUUAGCGAAGGACCCAGAAAUUGCGUUGGCCUACGUUUUGGAAUGAUGCAAGCCCGAACUGGCCUUGCGAUUCUGCUCAACAAUUUUGAAUUCACCCUCAACUCGAAAACAAUUGAACCACUUUCCUAUAUACCAGAUUGCUUUGUAUUGAAUCCCAAAGGUGGAGUUCAUCUGAACUUGAUACCAAUAAAGUCCAAAUAAUUACAGAACACGCAGUAGCAACUCAAGUUUCCGUGCUAAAAUAUCAUUAUUGUUUAUGGGCGGCUCAUUUAAUACAAACUCAGUCUUUAAUUUGAAAUAUAAUCUUUUUUGUAAAUCAUAGUAUUUCUCAAACUUAUACUGUUCUGUGUAAAUAGCUAUGUAUUUUGUAGCCACUGUUAUGCGAAGAAUUUGCAACAAAAUGUAAAAUUUAGACAAGUUCUGAACAAACAACACAAUUAAAAAAACACACUCUGUUGAGUGCAUCAUUAUUGAUAAGCAAAACUGUGCUGAGUCAACACAAGAAAGUGAAAAGAUAUAUCCAUAACAUUCAACCAACAUUACAUGGCUCAUGCAUACAUAUACACACAUUUGGAAACAGGGAAUAUAUGUCCAAUCAAUUACGAUGCUGCGAACUGUAUUUGUGUUCUUGUUCAUUAUUCAUUGUUGCAGUUCACUUCAUUUAACAAACAAAUCUUCACUCAAUUUUCUAAACCAAAAUAUUUUGAAAGGGAGAAAUCUCUCUGAAUUUUAGAAUCAUCAAAGUAAAAUUAUAAUUUUAUUUCGAUGAUUCUAAAAUUCAAACAAAUAAUUAUUUGUUCGAAAAGCCCACACGUUCCAAUGUAUUAUUAUGAGUAUUAAAAGAAAUGAUAAUAAAUAAAGAUGUUCACUUCCAG